UCCUCUUUGUCAUUUGCGCGUAUCCUAUGUGAAAGAAGCCCGCGGAGCAGGAAUGAAUGUUCUUUUGAUUGCGGGAAAUGAAAUGAAAUGAGUAAAGUCACGACUACGUUGCUCGACAUACAUUUUAUCGCAGUUUCCUAUAUUGUCUUUUGAGUAUAUAGUAUUGCUGAAUGGUGAAAAUCUACUGCAUCAGUAUAAUGGAGACCGACCAAUGCAAAAGGACGCGGCAGUAUGGCUGGGCAUUUCUUCAUCUUGUGAUUCUGUCGUUAUUGAGCAGAAGAGGAUCUUGUCAAGUCCGUUACUCCAUCCAGGAGGAAUUACCGCUCGGCACCGUAGUGGGGAAUGUGGCUAAAGACAUCGGACUGGAUACAAGCGUGUUGGUGGAUCGGAACCUGCGUAUUGUGACAGGAACAAAGCAGGACCUUUUCCAGGUAAACCAGAGAGACGGCAGUUUGUUUGUGAACCAGAGGAUAGACAGAGAGGAAUUAUGCGGAAAAACGAUUCCGUGUUAUUUUAAUCUUAAAGCUGUGAUUGAGACCCCGGUAGAAAUGCACCGAGUUAGUGUAGAAAUUUUAGAUAUUAAUGACCAUUCACCCAGUUUUCCCAGCAGGGAGAGUCGCAUUGAAAUUUCCGAAUCCGCCACGACUGGAACACGUUUUCAAUUAGAGGCUGCGAUAGACCCUGAUGUAGGUGUAAAUGGUUUGCGAUUUUACAAACUGAGUCACAGCGAGUAUUUCAAACUUGAAAUUCACGAUCGGAAUCAAAACAUUAAGAUUCCGUUUUUGACAUUACAGAAACCAGUCGACAGGGAACUCAAAACGGUGCAUAAAUUAUCUCUAGUCGCCUCGGACGAUGGUAGUCCACAGCGAUCGGACACCUUGAAUAUUACAGUUACAGUUCUGGAUGUAAAUGACAACGCCCCGGUUUGUAAUAGACAGGAUUACACCGUCUCGAUCCAGGAAAAUGCUCAAAUUGGUACGGUUCUUAUACAAGUUAAUGCGUCUGAUGCAGAUGAAGGCAUGAAUGGCGAAGUCGAAUACUCAUUUCGCAGUAAUUUCAGGAGUAAAACGUCUGAGGUCUUCGAUUUGGAUGCAAAAACAGGGAAAAUUGUAGUAAAAGGCUUGAUUGAUUUUGAAGCGAAACAAGUUUACGAGAUAAAUAUUCAAGUCUCAGACAAAGGAUCGCUUCCCAUGACUUCUUACUGUAACGUGUUCGUGAAAGUUGAUGAUGUGAAUGACAACAAGCCCGAAAUAGAGAUCGCCUCUCUGUCCAACCAGAUUCCCGAGAAUACGCCGGUAGGUACCGUAGUGGCGCUGAUCGGAGUAACUGACUUGGAUUCAGGUGUGAAUGGACAUGUAAUUUGUACACUGGGGGAGGACAUACCGUUUGAACUGAAACACUCGAGUGAGGACAAUUUCUAUUCAUUGGUGACAAAGAGACGGCUAGAUAGAGAGUCGGUACCACAGUACGAGAUAAGAAUAACAGCGAAGGAUAUGGGGACCCCUUCGUUAUCCUCCGUUAAGGCUUUUCGUGUGGAAUUAUCAGACGUUAACGACAACAGUCCGGUAUUCUCACAGAGUCCCUACACCUUCUAUUUAAUGGAAAAUAACGACCCAGGUGCAUCUAUAUUCAAAAUUAGUGCCUCUGAUGCAGAUGAGAAUGAAAAUGCUCUAAUUUCCUAUUCAUUUGGGAACGUAAUUCGAAGUCAAAGUGUAACUUCUUUUUUGAACAUUAACUCUGGUAGUGGUGAUAUUUAUGCACUGAAAAGCUUUGACUUUGAAACAAUGAAAACCUUCCAGUUCCAAGUAGUAGCUAAAGACUCCGGAACC